AUGACUGCACGUGGAUUUGCUGAUUGGGAGGAGAGCCAGUACAAACACAACUUUCGCAUGGGACGCGAGGCGUUUUGGAGACUCCACGUUCUUGUGGGGAACUCUCUGACCAGGCAGGACACGCACAUGAGGAAGAGUGUGUCGUCGAGCAAACGUCUUGCAAUUACACUGCAUUGGUUUGCCCAUGCUCCCUCCUAUGCCCAGCUUGCAUUGUUGUACGGAGUGGGAAAAACCACUGCCGUCCACAUUGUGCACGACACUGUCAAUGUGUUUGUAACGGAGUUGGUACCAAAGACCAUUGCAUUCCCCCAAGGGCCAGAGUUAACGAGAGUGAUGGCGGAUUUCCAAGACUUGUGUGGGCUACCCUACUGUGGGGGAGCGAUCGACGGCACUUUCAUGGAGAUUGAGAAGCCUGUAGCCCAUGGCGAUGUUUAUUGGUGCUACAAAAAAUAUCCAGCCAUAAUGAUUCUCGGAACUGUUGACGCCAGAGGCAUCUUCAUCAACGUGAACUGUGGCAGACCUGGCUCUGUUGGAGACGCAGCAACCUUUGCAGCAUCUGCACUGAGGCAAAAGAUAGUGGACAAGGUGUGGUUGGUCAGCGAUCCGUUGCCAAUCGGAGGCAUGGCGAUCCAGCCAUACCUUGUAGCUGAUUCCGCUUUUGCCCUCAACACGUUCACGAUGAAAUGCUUCUCUACCCCUGUCGCUCCUCAGCAGCAGUCAUUUAACUACCGCCUCAUUCGCACCCGCAGAGUAGUGGAACAAGCUUUUGGGAGACUGAAAGGCCGGUUCCGCAUCUUGGUGCAUAGCAGCAUCAGGAAUCCUAGAUUCGCUGCUGAUGUUGCUGUGGUUGCGUGCUCGCUGCAUAACUUGUGCGAGCGCUGGAGCUGUCCGUUUGAGCAGCAGUGGACGAUAGAUCCAGCGCAGUACGCUGCACACCAUCCUGGACAGGAUGAGCAUGCGAAUGCGGAGAGAGAGGCAGGUGGUGAUGGUGUCCGCAACGCCAUUGCUGCGUACACACAUGCCAAUUUCCCCUUGCAUCAGGUUUAG